UGACAAACGAAGUGAGGUUAUGUAAAAUUUUUAAAAUAAAUUUGUCAUAAUAAAAUACGUAAAAAGACCCAAUAAAAAUAUUAAGUAUUAUAAUGACGCAUAACUAAACAAGGAGUGAUUAGUUGAUUACAUUCAGUACAAUUAUAAUUUCACACUAUACAAAAUGUUUCGUCAAUUUUUAAGGGCUCUGGAACCAGUUAGAAAUGGUUUGUCCCGAAAUGUAGUGGGCAACGGAGCCGGGGCUACCGGCAGCAAGUUUGAACAGAACUGCGUAUCUAAGGAGCAACAGCUUACUGAAGCCCUGAAAAAAUCGCUGCCAGGGACCACUUAUGUAAGCGUAGAGGACAUUUCAGGCGGCUGCGGGGCUAUGUUUGAGAUCAGUAUAGAGGCUAAAGAAUUUGCCGGACUGUCCCGAGUCAAGCAACACAGGCUUGUCACAGACUCCCUUAAAGAAGAAAUCGCUGGGAUGCAUGGGAUUCGCAUUCAUACCAACCCCACUCCGGAGAACAAUUGAUUUAACAUGUUGAGUGCCGGCUAAUGCUGGCCACCUCACAAUUGAUGAAAUAAUAUGGAUGCUAAGGAUAAUUUUCGCAAAUCUUUAAUUUAUCAACUCUAAAAUAUAGAUACCUAGAUAAAAAUAGGACAAGGAAACUGGAAUAGCCAUAAAAGUCUUAUUUUUUGCUAUUAUAAUGCCCAUUCCAGCUUCUGCACUGAUAUCUAUCUAGAUUAAAAAUAUCAAAUGAAAUGAGUUUGCUUAAAUUAUCCGGAGAUGCAUCUACCAUACUUACUGAAAGCUGUUUCAAUGUUUAUGAGUCCAUUUGAAAGGAUGUGUACCAAAAACGAUAAAUUAAGGAAAAAAAAUGUAAAUAGCAAAAUCUUAAGAUUUCUGUUGUAUUAAUUACUUUGUUGAAACUAAUAUUUGUUACAUUAUUUUGGUAUUAAUUAAUAGUUAUGUUAAAUAUACUGAAUUAAUUGUAAAUGUAGAGAACAAAGUAAUAUAGUAACUAUAUUUAUAUGUGACGUUAUCUAUGAAAAGGGAUCUUAUUGUCGAUGGCGCUUAAGCCAUUAUUAACGAUGCUCCGAAAUCAAUACAAGGCCGCGCGAACUUGUGCGGCGUAAGCGCCAUCGACAAUAAGGUCCCUUUUCAUAGAUUGCCCCAUAUGUCGUUUGAUUGUUAGUUUCUUACUGGUUUUACCAGAUAUGCUGUGCUUAGGUUUAUGUAGUUAUUUGACAUUAAAAAAUUUGGAGUAGGCAGAAUA